AUGCAAAGCCAUCAUAAUUUACAACCUCCAAAGAAAAGAAACUUUUCAGAUAAUCAGAAUGAUGAUGGUAAUAGCAAUAACAGUAAUAAAGAACACAUUAGUAAAAAAGCAACGAAAAAAAUUUUUAGUCAAGAAGCUACUCUUCAAAUUGAGCAUAUAGUAACUGACACAUUUCAAGAAGAAUCAACAAGAGAAGUUGCACCCUCUACUAGUGAUUUAUUAAAAGAACAGAAAAUGCCUUUGGUUUUAAGACACGAGGUAAGACACCAAGUAGCAAUACCUCUAAAUUACGCAUACAUACCCAUUUCUCAACACACAAGGUUAAAUGAACCUGUUUUAGUGAGUGCUCAUACUUCUGCUGGUAAAACAGUUGUAGCGGAAUAUGCCAUUGCUCAAAGUUUAAAGAGUAAACGAAAAGUCAUAUACACUACUCCAAUCAAAACAUUAAGUAAUCAGAAAUAUAGAGAAUUACAACAUGAAUUUAAAGAUGUUGGUUUGAUGACUGGCGAUGUUACUCUUAAUCGAAACUCUAGUUGUAAAGUAAUGACAACUGAAAUAUUACGCGGUAUGUUGUAUCGAGGAACUCGUGGUGUUGUGUGGGAAGAAACUAUUAUAAUGUUACCACAUACUAUUCACACUGUGUUUUUGUCUGCCACAAUUCCAAAUGCAAUGGAUUUUGCUGAAUGGAUUUCUCGUGGUGUUGUGUGGGAAGAAACUAUUAUAAUGUUACCACAUACUAUUCACACUGUGUUUUUGUCUGCCACAAUUCCAAAUGCAAUGGAUUUUGCUGAAUGGAUUUGUAAAAUACAUCGACAGCCAUGUCAUGUUGUUUAUACAGAUUUUCGUCCUACACCUUUACAACAUUAUAUUUAUAUUAAUGGUUCAGAUGGGAUUUACUUGUUAGUUGAUGAAAAAGGUACAUUUCACGAAGAUGCUUUCCAGAAAUCAAUAUCAACAAUCAGAGAACCUCUCAAUCCAAAACCAAAAAAUUUUAAUAAUAAUAACAACAAACUUAAAAGAACUUGCAUAAGUUCUAAUCUUAAUCCAAUUAUUGCAUUUGCUUUUUCAAAAAAGCAAUGUGAAUUUUUGGCAAUGCAAAUGAAUGAUGAAAAAGAAUUAAUAAAUAAAGUUGUAGAAAAUGCCAUUGAUUUGUUAGCUGAGGAGGAUCGUCAAUUGAAAUCGAUACAUAAUCUAUUACCAUUGUUAAAACGUGGUAUUGGUAUUCAUCAUUCAGGAUUAUUACCUUUCUUGAAGGAAGUGGUUGAACUUUUAUUUCAAGAGGGCUUGAUAAAGGUCCUAUUUGCCACAGAAACGUUUUCAAUGGGCUUAAAUAUGCCUGCAAAGACUGUUGUUUUUUGUGAAUUAACAAAGUAUGACGGAAUACAAGCUAGAUAUAUAACGUCUGGAGAAUAUAUUCAAAUGUCUGGUCGUGCUGGUAGAAGAGGCCUUGAUGACCGUGGUAAUGUAAUUAUGAAUAUCGAUACUGAAAGUCAUUUCAAAGUUAUCAAGGACAUGGUUAAGGGAGAACCUGACACUUUAUUGUCAGCAUUUCAUCUAAAAUAUCAUAUGAUAUUAAUGAUGUCAAGAAUUGAAGGUAUAAGUCCUGAAUACAUGUUACAAAAUAGCUUUUAUCAAUUUCAAAAUACUUUGCCAAUUCCUCGACUACAAGCAGAAUUGAAAAAAGUGAUGGAAGAAAUAGAUAAUUUAGAGAUAGAAAAUGAGGAAUCAGUGGCGCAAUACAAUUCACUUGUUAAACUUAAAGAAGAAAUGACUGACGAAUUUAAUGAAUACACCUUGGAUCCAAGACACUGUCUAAAAUUUCUAAAUUUUGGUAGAUUGAUAUUGGUGAAAUAUGAUAAUGUGAAUUUUGGUUGGGGUAUGGUUGUUAGAAUAGAAGAAAUAAAACAAAAAAAGAAUGAGAAAAAUCCACUGGGCGUAAAACAAAGAGCACAACUUAAUUCACAAAGUUCUAGAGAAAUAAUUUAUAAAGUGAGAGUUUUGUUACGGUGUUCUAGUGAUUCAUUUGCUAGUUAUGAUGGUAAAAAAGUUAAUAUCAAGCCAUGUCCAAAAAAUACAAAAAAUGGUAUUAUGUUGGUUGUUCCGUUAGAACUUAACAACAUACAAAAAAUUAGUCAGAUACGUCUUCAUCCUGAUAAAAAUAUUGAACAUGAACCUUCUAUUAUGAAUGUGGCUUAUGAUAGUAUUAAAACCAUUCUUGCAGAACAUCCAAAUGGUGUACCAUUGGAUCCAAUAAAACAUAUGGAAAUCAAAAGCGAAAGAUUUUCAUUAUUAUAUAAUAAAAUGAGACUAAUUGAAGAGAAUAUUAAGAGACAUCCAGUUGAUCAAGACCCAUCAAUAAUAGAAAAAUAUGACAAAAAAUUAAAAUUAAUAGAAGAGAGUAAAUCAUUAAAAAACAAAAUUCGUGAAGCAGAAUCGAUUCUCCAACUUGAUGAGCUUAAAAAAAGAAAACGUUUAUUACGUAGAAUGGGUUACUUAUCGGAGAGUGACGUGGUUGAGUUCAAAGGUAGAAUAGCAUCUGAGAUCACAUCGGGGGAUGAAAUAGUUUUAACAGAGCUGUUGUUGAAUGGUGUUUUCAAUGAUUUGUCGGCUGAAUCAGCGGCUGCACUACUUAGUUGUUUUGUGAUUGAUGAGAAAGUGGAUGAAAUGGACGUUAAACUUCGAGAAGAAUUCAAUACGCCAUAUAGACAAGUUUUAGAAACAGCUAGAAUUGUGGCCGAGAUUACUGCAGAAUGCAAUAUUGCUAUUGAUAAAGAAGAAUACUUGGGAAGUUUUUCACCUGUAUUGAUGGAAAGUGUAUUUGCUUGGUGUAAUAAUGCGUCAUUUUUAGAGACAUGUAAAAGAGUAAACAUGUAUGAAGGAAACAUAGUUAGAAAUUUUAAAAGUUUGGAUGAAUUAUUACGAGCAAUGGUAUUAGCAGCUAAAUGUAUAGGAAACAUUGAAUUAGAAAAUAAGUUUUCUCAAUCAAUCGAAAAAAUUAAGAAAGGGAUAAUUUUUGCUGCUUCAUUAUAUCUUUAA